GUUUUAAAAAAUCACCUAUUCUAUCCCUGUGAUUUUUAGUGAUCUGUUUUAUUCGUGUUUUUAAAUUAGUAAUGUUGCGAAAAGUUAAUUUUUAUUCGAUAUGUGUUGCGUUCGGUCUCAGUGUUCUUUUAAUUCUUGCUGGAAGUCGAUAUACAGAUAACACUAAUUACCGUCCAGUUUCUGAAAGUCGGAGGAAUAUAAAAAAUUUUUUGAAAGUGGAAGACGUGGAUGAAAACUUAAUGCAGCCAAUCCCAACAAAUCCUUACGACGGAUCUCCUGACAUCGAAAAAAUAUUAGAUAAAACUAAAUUAAAAAUUAAACAUGAAUUAUCGACUUAUAAUUUUACUGUGUCUGGUAUACAAAAACUGGAAGACUUACUGAUGGAAUCAGGAGGAAAACCUAUAAGAAGCUUGAUUAUAUCUACAUGGAGAUCUGGUACAACAUUUCUCGGUGAAGUGCUUAACGCAGUUCCAGGGAACUUCUAUCAUUAUGAACCACUUUUAAGUUAUGGAAUAAUACAAAUACGUGGAACACCAGAGUCUGACAAGGCAUUGAGGACUAUUAAAAAAAUGUUUCAUUGUGAUUUUAGUGGUAUGGAAGAUUAUUUUGAGUAUGGAAAAAGUCAUUGGCAUCAGUUCAGCCAUAACACAAGAUUAUGGGACCAUUGUAAAUAUAAGAAAGAACUUUGUAUUGAUGCUAAUUUCACUUCUAGGUUUUGUAAGUUGUUCCCAUUUCAAAGCAUGAAAGUAGUUCGAGUCAGGCUACGUCUUAUAAAAGAGCUAUUGGAGGACAAAGAGCUUAAUUUGAAAGUUAUCUUGUUGAUUCGGGACCCUCGAGGAGUGCUGCAGUCAAGACAGCACCGUAACUUCUGCCAGCCAUCACCGGAUUGCUGGAAACCUGAACUGCUUUGUGCUGAUAUGAUCAGUGACUAUGUAGCCGCUGGACGCCUCAUACAACAAUUUCCAGAUAAAUUUCUGGCUUUACGUUAUGAGGAACUAGCGCUUAGUCCAAACAGCACAUCAUACGAUUUACUAAAGUUUCUACGAUUGGGAAUAACACAGUCUGUCGAUGAGUUCCUGCACUCACACACAAAUGUCGAGGUGGCCGGUGUGAGUUCCACGUUCAGGGUCUCCCGAGAUGUGCCUUUCAGAUGGAAGAACGUUUUAGAUUUUGAUUAUGUUGACGAAAUUCAGAUGACUUGCAAGGAAGCCAUGUCUCUGUGGGGAUACCGCAUGGCACAAAACGCAACGCAUAUGACAAGCAAAGACUUCAACCCCUUAGAUCAAUACUCAAUUAAGCAGUAAAUUUACUUACGAAGAUAAUUUUAUUGACUCUUCUCUGAAAAUAUCAUUAAGUUUACGGAUAACCAUAACUGUAUAAAGGUGAGUAUUAUUGCUGUA